AUGGCUGUGGCCAACCUCACGGCCCCAGAGUUCAUCCUCCUGGGCCUGGUGGACGGAGCAGACGCCCACCUGCUGCUGUUCUUGGUCUUCCUCGGCGUCUAUCUGCUCAAUGCCCUGGGCAACCUCACUAUGGUGGUGGUGGUGAGGUCUGAUGGGGCCCUGCGCUCACCCAUGUAUUACUUCCUUGGUCACCUGAGCCUCGUGGACGUCUGCUUUACCACCGUUACGGUGCCCAGGCUGCUGGCCGGCCUGCUCCACCCGGGCCAGCCCGUGUCCUUCCAGGCCUGCUUCGCACAGAUGUACUUCUUCGUGGCUCUGGGCAUCACGGAGAGCUACCUGCUGGCCGCCAUGGCCUACGACCGCGCGGUGGCUGUGUGCCUGCCCCUGCACUACUGUGCGCUGGUGACGCCGCGCCGCUGCGCGGCACUGGUGCAGGCGUCCUGGGCUGUGGCGCACCUGCACUCGCUCCUCCACACACUGCUCAUCUCCGCGCUGUCCUACCCACGCCCUGCCCUUGUGCGCCACUUCUUUUGCGACAUGACGGUGCUGCUGAGCUUGGCGACCUCAGACACGUCCGCUGCGGAGACUGCCAUCUUCUCCGAGGGCCUGGCCGUGGUGCUGACCCCGUUGCUCCUGGUGUCUCUCUCCUAUGCACGCAUCCUCGUCGCAGUGCUGCAAGUGCGGUCGGCCAGUGGCCGGCGCCGCGCCUUCUCCACCUGCGGGGCCCACCUGGUGGUGGUGUUGCUUUUCUUUGGCUCCGUCCUGUCUGUCUAUUUCCGGUCUUCGUCUGCCUACUCCGCCCGCUAUGACCGCCUGGCCAGUGUAGUCUAUGCAGUGAUCACACCGACCUUGAACCCUUUCAUCUACAGCCUUCGCAACAAAGAGGUCAAGUGCGCCCUAAAAAGGAGGCUCAGAUGUAGGGCUGCACCCCAAGAAAUGUAA